AUGUUUUUAAGUAAAGAAAAUAUUAAUCCAUGUAUAUUGUGCAAUGUACUUGCACCAAUAUUUAUCUGUGGUUUUUUUGGUAAUAUUAUUUGUAUAAUAGUUUUUCUUCGUCGUCGUUUUCGUACACGUUCAAUAAGUGUGUAUUUCAUUGCCUUAUUCUUUAAUGAUUGUUUACUUUUAUUUAUAUCACAUAUUGCUAAAAUGUUAAUAUUUGAUGCAUCAUCAUCAUGCUGGUUUAAUAUUUUUUUAUCAAAAUUUAUUGAUAUUAUCUAUUAUCGUGAAAUGAUCUAUCGACAAAGUUUAGCGGUGCUUACUUAUAAUACAACUUAUACACAAAUUUCCAUGCUUAUUUUUAUGUUUAUGUCUAUACAACGUGUACGAACAUUUUCAUCUUUAUCAUAUCGUGAAAGUCGAAUGUGUGCACUUAUGUUAACAUUAAUUGCAUUUAUAUAUGGAAUUAUUAUAUCAUAUAUGCAAUUAUAUGAUGCAUUUUGUAUAGAAAAAUUACAUUUAACAAAAAAUCAAACAGUACAAAUUGAUUUAUUAAUUGAUAAUACAAAGCAUAUGAUUAAUACAAAAUGUACAACAACAAGAACGACAACAAUUUUAACAGAUUUCAUAAAUAAUUUAGCAAAUAAUUCAACGACAAAUUUUCCUUUCUCAGUUAUAUUUUCUCCGACAAUUCAUUCUAUUUCAACAUCAACAAUGUCAACAAAUAGUUAUCAUCAAACUUCUUUAUCAUCAUUAAUUAAUAAUAAUAAUGAUUCAUUUGAUGUGAAUAGUAAUUUAAUAUGCUAUACAGAUAUAGAUUGGCAUCGUGUUCGUCAUCGUACUAUAGCUUAUGUUUAUCUUCAAUCAUAUAUGUCAAUUGAUUGGCCGGAUGAACAUGCUCAACGUUCAACAUGUCAUCUUGAAAGUAUUUUACCAUCAUAUCUUCUCACAUCUAUACAUAAUUUAACAUGGCCGUCAUUAAAAUCACGUCCUGGUAAAGAUUAUUUUCAUGAACAUCAAUUUUGUACACAAGCAUAUCAUUUUAUUGGUUCAUAUGCGAAUUGUUCAAUACCUUUAGCACCUGAAAAUUUUCAACAUUGGUAUAAGUUCUUAUAUGAUCGUCGUUUAUCAUUAACAAAUCGUUAUACAAUUGGUUUUAUAAUUGGUACAUUCAUUCCAUCAUGUAUAUGUAUAAUAUCAUCAUUUAUUUGUCUUUAUUAUAUAUCAAAUCGACCAUCUAUACGUAAACAUAGUCAUUCACGUGCUGAACUUCGUUCAUUAUCUCUUAUAUUAGUUGAGAUAUUAUUAAGUUUAUUGAAUGCUUUACAAUCCUAUAUAAUAAAUUUUUUUACAUGCCAUCGUUUAUUAUUUCGUAUGGAAACUGAUAAUUGUUAUGGACAAUCAAGUAACAAUAUUUUACCAAAUUUUCUUGGAAGCAUACUUGAAUUAUUUACAUCAACAUCUAAUAUAUUAAUUUUAAUGAUAUGUGGUGCACAAUUUCGUAAUGAACUUAUAGGAAUUCUUCAUUUAAAACAGUUUUUUCCAACAAAGCAACAAAGUCAACAGCCAAAUAGAUUACAUCAACAUAAAAGAAUUUGUAGGCGUUCAAAAAUAAAUCCACCCCGUUGCAUGACUUUGUCGUUACCAUCAUCGAAAAAUGGAACUAGUAAAAUAGACGAUAUGCUAGAUGAACCAUCAUUAGAUUCAUUUCUUGCUUCAUUUCAUAACAAAGAAUAUUUGAGCGUGACUGAAAUUGAACAAUCUGAUGAUAUUAGUCAUUGUCCUAUUAAAUCGACUACAGUUUAA